UGUAUGCUAAACCACACACAAAAGUUUUCGUCGACGGUAGUGUGCUCCUGUGGCUGCAUUUUUCCUUCUUUUUGUCCGUUCAGAAAGUGCAAAAUUCAGGAAUUCGUCGUGAUUCCGGACACGUUCAGUAUCGGAGUACUGCGCCGCGAGUUCUGAACCGUAAACUGAGUUUCGUUCGAAAACAAACAAAAACUGACGAGAAAAUGUUCGAAUCUGUGCCACGGUGGGUUCGCGUAUCCGCCGUGAUUCUCGGAGUCAGCAUCGGUUCGGAGGUCCUGUACGAAGUGUACCUCGGUUGGAAGUCUUACUGCCAGGAACGUCGGGCUCGGCAGCGCGCAAAUAGCCACAUUAACAUGGUAUUUUUUACGAACGAACGUAGCAUCCAAGCGAACGCACCCGGAACGACAAUGGCCAACUUUACGUCGGAACAUGUCUGCCGGAUAGUGGCUUUGCUGGACCGGGCGCGUGUUUCGAUUAACCUGGGGAUGUACAUCAUUACCGUCUCCAAUAUCGGUGACGCGUUGCUCCGGGCCGCGAAACGGGGCGUUCGGGUACGAGUCGUCGGAUGCUCCUCGAUGGCAUACAGCACCGGAUCACAGAUGACCAGAUUGGCCAAUGCAGGAAUCCCAGUGCGCUUCGAUCGGAAGGAAAGUGCUUAUCUAAUGCACCACAAGUUUUGCUUAAUCGAUACCGAUUGGCUGUGUCCACGGUGCUAUCAUGAAGAAAAAGUGCAAAGAAAGGGUUUCUGCUGUAAGGCGGUAUUUGAUAAAGGUGCUAGUGGGAAUGCCUCCACCACUACCAGUGCAGUUGUUAUCAGUGCCGGUGCAAUGGCCAAUGGUCAAAGUGAUGGUGAUCAAGUCAAUGGUUAUGGUAGCCCUACCAGCGGCUCUGGUAAAGUGCAGUGCGUCGAUGAUGGCUCUCGGUGUGUGCAUUGCGAUAAGCAGAAGAAGAAUGAAGUUGAAAAGUGCAAGCUUAAGAACGAGCAAGUUGAGCCGCUCCCGAUUGGGGGGUUACUCAUAACCGGGUCCACCAAUUGGACCAUGCAAGCCAUGUCCGGCAAUUGGGAUAACAUGUUGCUAACGUCGUUGCCGGAGCUGGUCAUUCCGUUCCAGUUGGAGUUUCAACGGUUGUGGAGAGAUUUCGCCCAUCAUCCAUUGUUGGUCAGUCCCGCUAGCGGUUAGAGGGGAUAAGCGGUAAGAGCUGUUCGGCGGAGGGGACCGCACAGAAAGCGAGAGAGAGAUGCAGUUCAGUCUUACAUACGACAAACAGUAUUUAAAGUAGCAUUUCCGAACAAGACGAGCUGCCGAAGAUCGUCGCUUAAUAUUGAUUCGUAAAUUCAACGAAGCCGAAGAUUGCUGAUGUGAUUGCAGAGGUGAGACACCAUAGAGUAAACGACAAACAGAGAAAAUGAAAACCUUUCAUUUUCCGAGCAAUUCAGAUGUUGGAUUACAUUAAACAUUUCCCAGAUGAUCUAUUUCCAUGAAAUAUUAUGUUUAAAAUAAUUUUCAAAUUGAAAUGAACUGUUAACAAAAUGUUAUAAAAUAAAUAUUUUGAUUUUUAAUAAACGAGAAGACGAUCUCUAAACUAUUCACAAUUUGAUUGCUUUCGGCAUUUUCUAUUUCGAACAUGGAAGUCCUCUUCAAUUUAUGUCAAGACAUUAACAUUUCAGCACUAAACACUAAUUAUAGCAGCUUUUCAAUGUUACCUGGCAUUUGU